GAUGGCGGCGACGGCGGGUGCCCAGAGGGUGCAGCCAUUGGCAUCGGGGCUCAGCUCUGUCAGUUUAGUUACCGCACCACAUAAAGGCAUUGCGUUGUAGACACCGUUAUACCCGCAACAUUCUUACCAUUUGCUUGCAUACCUCCUAAUUUCUGACCUUUCAAUUCAGCAUAAGAAAAGGAGCGAGAGAGAGAGAUAGAGAUAGAGAAAACAAAGGAAUAUUCGGUUCGGUAUUGUUCUCGUCGUCGUCGUUCGUAAAAACCACAGUCGCCGCCGUUGCCAUCAUUUCGUCUCGCCGUUGUCGUUCUCUAACUCGUUUAGUUGUCCUUACAUCGCGCGUCCCGUCCACGUGUUAAUCGAGUGACGUUGUCGCAUCACCAUCGGGUGACACAGCCAUUACGAGGAGAGUCGCGUGAAAAGAGAGAAGAGAAGCGAACGGGAUACUACCCUCUGUGAAGAUCGUGCGGGAAGAUCUGUUGGCCGAGCGUGAUUGAUCGAGGAUAGACGAGGAGGCAACCGUCGUCGUCGCGUUUCACCCCGAUCUUAUGAUUUCGUUCGAUCCCCGAUCCUGUGUUCUCCGUCAUUUGGCAUUCCCUCCUGCCGCGCAAGGAGCACUCCCGAUCGUCGUUUACCUUCCACGAUCAUCGACGAUCCCUCCGAUCGACCCGACGCGACAAUAAACUCCAAACGCAGAUCGGUCGUGAACAAAUCGGCGCGAUAAAGUGCGCGAUCUUUUUAAACGGUAACGCGCGGGCGAACUAAAAUUAUUAAAGAAAGAGAGAGAGAGAACGAUAGCGUGAACAAGAUUGAGAUCGUCAGCUGGAAGAUCGGCAGAAGAGGCACCGACAAAGGGAGAGAGGGACAAAUAGGAGAACAUCCUGCUGGUCGGGGGCGGGAGUGACCGAGAAAGAGAGAGACAUUGGGUGUGCUCGUUGUGCGCAAGAUUUGUUUAUCCCGCGAGUUACAUUCGCGAGUUGCACCGCGAAAAUCCGAGCCGCGAACUUCCGUUUCCGUGCAACUCGAUGUCUCGUUCGACAAUCGGAAAUCGGCUUGCACGUUGAGCGCGCGACCGUCGAUAGCAGGACGCUCCAACGUCGGAAAAAUGAACGGAAAAAUUUGUUAACGAGAGGAAAAAUUAGUACAGAGAUAUAUUAUAUAUGCGGUACGUCUCUCCGUGCGCACACACGCGUCGCCUGCUAAAAUCGUGAAAUAUAUACGAGAGGGAGAGAGAGAGAGAGAGAAAAAAAGAGAGAGAUAAAUAUCGAGAGAGCGACACGCAUAUAUAUAAUAGAGAGAAAUAAAAGUUUUUAAAAAUUAACAAACCCACCGUCGUUCCGUUCUGCGCCCAGAUAUCGGCAUCCUCCAACCACUGAUUUUCAUCGUUAACCGAUUUCGUACAUAGUUAGAAACGACUCGUUAGAGGAUUGCAAUGAUGGCAAACGGAAUGGACACAGUCGUGCAACAAAAUGGAGGAUCGACCCUUGGACAGGCGUCGCAGGAGGAGUCAAAGACGAAUCUCAUAGUGAACUAUUUGCCGCAGAGUAUGUCGCAGGAUGAGAUUCGUUCUCUAUUCUCCAGCAUAGGCGAGGUGGAGAGCUGCAAACUAAUCCGUGAUAAACUCAGCGGCCAAAGUUUGGGGUAUGGGUUCGUAAAUUAUCACCGGCCUGAAGAUGCUGAAAAGGCUAUAAACACGCUCAAUGGUCUUCGUCUACAAAAUAAAACCAUUAAGGUAUCGUACGCGAGACCGAGCAGCGAGGCGAUCAAGGGCGCGAAUCUGUACGUCAGCGGCUUGCCGAAGAAUAUGGCACAGCAAGAUCUGGAGAAUCUCUUUAGUCCUUAUGGCAGAAUCAUCACGUCGCGGAUACUGUGCGACAACAUCACCGUACGACAGUUUGUGACCGGCGGCGGAGACAAUUUGCCCGGCCUGUCGAAGGGCGUCGGCUUCAUAAGGUUCGAUCAGCGCGUCGAGGCUGAGAGGGCGAUCCAAGAGCUGAACGGCACCAUACCAAAAGGUUCGUCCGAGCCCAUCACCGUCAAGUUCGCCAACAAUCCCAGCAACAACAACAAGGCGAUACCGCCGUUGGCCGCCUAUCUUGCACCACAGGCCACGCGGCGCUUCGGCGGGCCGAUCCACCAUCCGACCGGCCGCUUCAGGUACAUUCCACUGUCGCCACUAUCCAGCACUGGCAAGGCCAUGCUUGCCAUUAACAAAGGCUUACAGAGUAGGUACAGUCCGCUGGCGGGUGACCUCCUCGCGAACUCGAUGCUGCCCGGUAACACGAUGAACGGCGCCGGCUGGUGCAUCUUCGUGUACAACCUCGCGCCCGAGACCGAGGAGAACGUGCUCUGGCAGUUGUUCGGACCGUUCGGCGCCGUCCAGUCGGUCAAGGUGAUACGCGACCUCCAGACGAACAAGUGCAAGGGCUUCGGCUUCGUUACGAUGACCAACUACGAGGAGGCGGUGGUGGCUAUACAGAGCCUGAACGGGUACACCCUGGGCAACCGCGUGCUCCAGGUCAGCUUCAAGACGAACAAGAGCAAGGCGGCGUAGGACGAGCAACAGGCGGCAGCGGCGGCGGUGGCUGCGGCUGCGGCUGCGGCCGCGGCGGCGGACGCGGCGGCGGUAGCGGCACCCUAUCAUCGUCGCCAUCGGCUGCUACGUACGGCGGUGGUGCAGCUGCCGAUGCCGGUGCC